GCAUACUCAAUAAUUUAUUGCCACUGUUUGCAGCCGUUCUGUUGGCGACAUUGACUUCACUGUUUAUCAAGUCUUCUCUUCUUCCCCUCAUCUGUUUCGCCACUGUUAUUGUUCUGUUCUUGUUCGAGAAAUCAAAACAAUCCUUGAAUAGCCUUUGAAUCUUCCAGAUUAUAUCUGUCACCCGGAGAUCUGUUUCCCUGCUGCUGCAAAUUCAAGGAUAGAGGACAGCUGAGACUUGGGAAGUAGCCAUAUGGCUACUGGCGUGCAACCCGAGACCACCAUUGAUCCGAUGAACAGCACAAUUACUCCAGGACCAGGCAAUGAAGAGAUUGAAGACAGCAUCGGCGGCGGCGGCGGCAGGCAAGACAACAUGGACGAAUCAUCCAGCACAUGUUCAUCGGUUGAUAGCACCCAGGAUGAUUUUGAUCUCUUGUGGGGACUGCGGAAGUAUUUGGUACUGCUUGGAAUCUUAGCAGUUAGUGUGACUUACAAUUCUGGAUUAACACCACCGGGGGGAUUUUGGAAUAAAAAACAGGAUGGCCAUGAAGCUGGUGACCCUGCCCUUCGUGUUGAGUUCUACCAACGGUAUGAGGUAUUCUUUUACUGCAAUGCAACAGCCUUUGCUGCAUCUCUUGUCUUAAUCAUCUUGCUUCUAAGCAAGAGUGUGGCCAGGAAAAAGUUAUGGCUCCGUUCCAUGCAAUUUACAAUGAUAGUGGACCUAUUCAGUCUGAUGGGGGGCUAUGCUGCCGGGAGCUGCAGGGCACUUAAGUCAUCCAUUUACAUAUGGGUUCUAGUCUUUGCUGUUUUCGUAUAUCUUUGGAUUCAUAUCCUAGUAUCCACAAGGCUUGUUCCACCAACGCUGAAAAAGAUGGUGAAUAGGGUGGUAAUGCAAAUUCUAUCCAAACUGGGUAUCUGUGAUGGGCAAACGAGUCGCCGUCAAGAGAAAAAAGACCUUAAGGAGGCCCGCAAGUUCAUCUUGACGCUUGUAACUUUUGCUGCUACUGUGACAUACCAAGCAGGGUUAAGUCCACCGGGUGGCUUUUGGGCUGAAAAUGAGUACAAGCAGCGUCCAGCUACUUCUGUUCUUCGCAGUCACUACCUGCACCGUUAUAACAUAUUUGUUAGUUGCAAUUCGACCUCCUUUGUGGCAUCUUUGGUCACAAUCAUACUGCUUCUGAGCCCAGAAUUCAGCAGGCAUGGAAUAAGGUCCAAAGCAGUGGUUGUUUGUGUGGUAGCUGACCUAUUUUGCCUAAUAGGUGCCUAUGCUGCUGGAUGCUGUAGGGAUAUAGCAACAUCAUUUUAUGUUAUGUUUAUUAUUGUCAUAGUUUUGAUCUGCAUUGCAUUUUUAGCUGGGAUCUUUGUUUACCAACCUGUAGCAGACUGGCUAAAAAAGAUCAAAUCAGACACCGUAUGGUGCAUGGGUGAAUUGGGUCGGGCACUCUCAUCAAAAUUUGGUAGUUCCAGAUCAAGCAACGCAGGACGAGAGAGUUAUCAUGCAAGUCAUCAUCAAGCUUCAGUCCAUGAACCUGAUGCACCUGCAGAAAACAAUGCAUCUGAACCAGAACACCAGUCUCCAGACAAUCAGCUAGUUUCAAAUUCCAGAGAGGUGGAGUCCUGUGGGGGGCAUCCAGCUGCACACAAACAGAAAACGGCAAAUAUGAAGGAGGCUUUGUCCAACUCGCAGCAUCCAUCAGAGAACGGUCAACAAUCAGUAAGAACCAAGGAUUUUGUGUUCAACCUGGAGCAUCAGUCUACAGAAUGCCAGCUUGAUGCAAACAUGAAGGAGGCACGGUCCAGCACAGAGCAUCCAUCGUUGAUCUGCCAGGAAACUGCAAAAACUAGGGAUGAUAUGCCUGCAGACAGCCAACACAUUGCAGGUAUGAAGGAGCAAUCUUCGACUGAUGACAACAAAAAUAUGCCAGCAGAAGGCUUUUCUGAUCAAAGUAUGUUACCUAAUGACUGCAAUGACUCCACCAACGAUGUCAUAGUUGAUGAAGGGCCUUCUUUGGCUGUGGAAGCCAGUGGCAAUGUGAACUCUGCAGAAGAACACACAUCGGGUGGAUAUGAUAACCAUGACAUUGAGAUUGGUGGUAUUAAUAACAGUGCAGAACAGCUUCAGAAUGGUCAUAUUGACAGCAAUCGAGGACCACCAGAUCAAAAUGCUCAUGGAAAUCAAACUGAGGAGCAUCUAAACAAGACCCGCACAUAUCUGCUUCUUCUUGCCAUUCUUGCAGUAUCUCUGACAUAUCAAUCAGGUCUGAAUCCACCAGGUGGGUUCUGGUCAGGAAGUGAUGCUCAUCAUUCACCUGGUGAUCGCAUCCUUGAGGACAUUUCCCAUCCCCGCUUUAUUGCAUUCUUCUAUCUCAAUGCAGUCGCAUUUGUGGCAUCUAUUGUCAUGAUCCUUAUGCUCCUGGAGAAGAAUAUGAUCAUGCAGAUUACAAAACGACGUGAGUUGCAGAUAGCUAUGAUAGUCGAUCUACUUUCCCUAACUGGGGCUUUCGUCAUGGGGAGCUGCAGGGAGGCAAAGAAGUCCAUUUACAUAUCCGUGCUAGUAUGUCUUGUGCUUUCUUAUGUUGCAGUUCAUGUCUUGAUUGCAGUUCAUGUCAUCCCACCAUACUGCGAAAAGAUUGUAUCAGAAAAACUAAAGAACUUAGGCCAUAAGCAGACAGGGAAUAUUACUAAGGAGUUCGAACGGAGGUGUAAUCUACUACUGACACUUGCUAUUCUAGCUGCAACUGUCACAUACCAAGCUGGCAUCAACCCUCCAGGCGGCGUAUGGUCUGAUGACAAGGAUAUCGGUGGCAUACCAGGAAAUCCAAUCCUUCAGGACAACCAUCGAAGGCGAUAUGAUGUGUUCUACUACUCAAAUUCAGUCUCAUUCGUAUCAUCUGUUGUUAUCACAAUACUAAUUGUGAAUAAGGAAUCCUGUGAGCAUGGAAUCAAGUCUUAUGCACUGCGAGUUUGUUUGGUGGUAGGCUUGCUUGGCCUCCUGAUUGCCUAUGCUGCAGGAAGCUGCAGAAAUCGCAAACAAUCCAUAUUUGUCAUCAUCAUUGCUGUGGCUGUUCUAAUAUCCCUUGUGAUUCAAGUUCUGCUAUCUUCAGUGCAUGAUACACUAGGCAGACCAUUGGCUCAACUUAUGGAAUGUCUGCAGCAACUUAUGGAAUAUCUGCAGAGGCUGGUUUAUCGUACUGAGAAUGGUCGGGAAAUUACUUCAGAGUCACUGGAAACUUCAGAUUGUGAAGAAAAAUUAGUGAGAAAGAGGCACAAGUAUCUCAUGCUUAUUGCCACUUUAGCAGCCUCAAUCACAUACCAAGCUGGUCUGAACCCGCCUGGUGGCUUCUGGUCCGAUGACAACGGCCAUUUCGCAGGCAAUCCGCUCCUUCAUGAUAUCAAUCGCCGACGCUACAUGACAUUCUUCUGCUUCAAUGCUAUCUCCUUCAUGGCAUCUAUUGUCGUGGUCAUGCUUCUGCUGAGUAAAUCUGUUAGGAAGAAAAAUGUCCCACUUGAGGUAUUGCUCUUGAUCAUGAUACUAGACCUGCUAGCUCUCAUGAUAGCUUUUGCUGCGGGAAGCUGCCGGAAAUUUAGGACUUCGGUCUAUGUCUUUGUGCUAGUAGCUGGUGUGGUGGUAUAUCUUGUGAUUCUUUUUGUUUUGUCAAGAGGCAUUGAAAAAUGUCUGAGAAAGUUGAAGAGAAGUGGGCUUUUGUGUUCAAGACAUCCUGAACGCAUUUCAAAAACAAUCACACCGGUACAAGGAGAGAAAGUUUGAGGAAUCCUUUUCUACAGCCACCCUGUUAAGUUAAUAAAUCUUCUUCUUUUGUAGUGCGAUGCAAGGCAAACAAAUUACUGUGCUCAGUUCUGAUCAUUGUUUCUGGAUUCAGAUUUACUUGAAAGCUGGUGAUGCUGUAUGGUAUUGAACAUUGUUUUAGAAGUGUCACAUUUGGAUUAAACCCUGGCUACAUGUUUUAAAGUAUUCGUGUCAUCUUCUGUAUACUUCUAUGAAACUAUAAACAGGCUAUGAAAUUUGUAGUUAAUUAUUUUCUGCACAUGUAUGAUUUUUCUUUUCUAUAUGAUAAGCCAGACUACCGGAUGCUGGAAGGCUGAUUAUAAUUUCUCAAACUCUGCAGCUUUAUUCUGGGUUAGAAACUGAGAUCA